AUGGAAAAAUUUGAUGGUACAACUUUGGAAAUAUUCCAAAACAUUGUUAAAAAUAAAGGUAUAAAAUCUACAGGACGUAGAUUUAGUAAGACAAUUAAAGAAUUUUCUUUGACUCUGCACUAUUACUCGCCUAAAGCUUAUGAGUAUGCAAGAUCAGUCCUAAUAUUACCAAGUAGUAAGUCUAUAAUGAACUGGACUUCAUUAAUCAAUGCAGAACCAGGCAUAUUUAGUGAAGUUAUGGAAUGUCUGAAAACUUUAAGUCCAGAAGACAAACACUGCAAUUUAUGUUUGGAUGCAAUGUCCUUAAGAAAACAAAUUUUAUGGAGUGAUAAAUUUAAUAAAUUUAUUGGGUAUUGUGAUUUUGGUGGUCAAUUACAACUUGAGGGGACAGAUACUCCAGCGACAGAGGCUCUAUUUUUUAUGCUUGUUAGUCUUAAUGGUAAGUGGAAAUUAUCUAUAGCAUAUGUUCUUCAGAAUAAAACCACAGCAGUUGCUCAAGCAGAAUUAGUCAAAUCAAUCCUUCAUCAUACACAUAAUGUCGGUUUAACGGUUUGGGGUAUUACAUGCGAUGGUGCUUACACAAAUAUAGCUAUGAUGAAAAUAUUAGGUUGCGUCAUUGGAAAUAGUUAUAAUGAAAUAAAAAGUUGGUUUUUACAUCCUAUUAGUAAUGAUAAAGUUUAUUUUAUACCAGAUGCUUGUCAUAACCUAAAAUUGGCCAGAAACACACUUG